CCAAGAUGGCGUAUCCAGGAUAUGGUUAUCAGGGCCAGCAGCCUUAUGGAGCCGCUCAACAACAGCCACCCCAGCAACCUGGUGGAUACCCGCAGCCUCAGCAGCAGCCAGGAGGUUACCCACCACCUCAACCAGGGGCGUAUCAACCUCAGCAGCCUGGUUAUGGAGCACCUGGUGGAUAUCCCGGGCAACAACCAGGCUAUGGUUAUCCACAACAGCAAGGACCACCAGGUUGUCCCCCUGGAAUUGAUCCCAGUGUAUGGCAAUGGUUCUGUGCAGUAGACGCUGAUAGAUCUGGUAAAAUAACGGCCCUUGAGUUACAGCAAGCCUUGACUAAUAAUGACUGGAGUCAUUUUAAUGCAGAGACUUGUCGUCUUAUGGUUGGGAUGUUUGAUAGAGAUCACUCUGGUAAGAUUGACAUCCAUGAAUUUGCUGCUCUGUGGCAUUAUAUACAGCAAUGGAGAGGAGUAUAUCAACAAUAUGACAGAGACCAUUCAGGCAGAAUUGAUGCCAAUGAACUCCAUAAUGCGUUCAACACAAUGGGCUACAGACUAUCACCACAGUUCUCACAGCUGGUUGUGACCAAGUACGAUAUACAGUCCCGAAGAACCCUGAAAUUUGACGAUUUUAUCCAAUGCUGCGUCCUACUGAAGUCACUUACAGACACAUUUAAGCAAAAAGAUGCAGCGAUGAGUGGUAGCAUUAAUGUCUCCUAUGAGGAAUUUAUGUCUAUGAUUUUAUUAAAUCUUAUUGUUUAAUCUGUGAAAAUUCUUAAUGGCCCAUCUAAGCUAUACUUGUAUAGAGGGCAGGCUUCUAGGUGCUCUUAAACUAGUCUUAAAUUUGAGGGGGCUCUUUGUAAAGACUAGUCCUCUGUGUGAGGGUGCUCUUUGUAAUGACUUGUCCUCUGUAAGAGGGCACUCUUAGUGCUAGACUUGUAUUCUGUAAGAGGGCGCUCUUUGUGUAAGACUUCACAUAGGAUUAUUUUCUUUGGGGGCGAUCUUUAUGCAAGACUGGUCUUCUGUGAAAGCACCAUUCACAUAGGAUUAAUUUUCUAUGUGAGGGCGAUCUUUAUGCGAGGCUGGUCUUCUGUGAGAGCACCCUUCACAUAGGAUUAAUUUUUUAUGUAAGGGCAGUCUUUAUGCAAGACUGGUCUUCUGUGAGAGCACCAUUCACAUAGGAUUAAUUUUCUAUGUGAGGGCGAUCUUUAUGCGAGGCUGGUCUUCUGUGAGAGCACCAUUCACAUAGGAUUAAUUUUCUAUGUGAGGGCGAUCUUUAUGCGAGGCUGGUCUUCUGUGAGAGCACCCUUCACAUAGGAUUAAUUUUUUAUGUAAGGGCGAUUUUUGUGGAAGAAUAGUGUGUACAAGGGCGCUCUUUGUCUAACACUUAUCAUCUGUUAAAUUGUGCUCUUAUGUCAGAUUAGCAUUCUGUAAGAGGGCAGUCUUUGUGUAAGACAAUCUAGUCUGUCUAAAUCUGGUCUGUCAGAUUAAUUUGUAUGCAUGGCAGUCUCGCAGAGACUAGUCUUGUUAUGUAUGAGGGCGCUCUUCAUGCAAGACCUAUGUAAUGAGGACACUCUUGACUAAGACUAGUUGUUGAGUGGGCAGCUUUUAUGUAAGACUAGUCUUUAAAAGUGAUUUUCAUGUAAGACAGACUUGUGUGCUAGGACACUUUUUAUUUGUGACUAGUCUUUCAUACAAGGGCAGUCUUGUUGAGACUAGUCUAUUAUAUGUAGGGGUGUAAUGCCUACAUUACAGACUGGGGUGAAAGUGGGAUGGUUCUUUGGGGGGAAAAUAUAAUAAGUCACCUCACAGAACGAUAUACUUUACCAACUGUUUACACUUGAACCUGUCCAGUUUUUGUAGUCAUAGAAACUAAUUGUAGUACCAGUACCAAUUAUGGCAUUUUUUUUCAGUGAAUAAAUAACAGGCUAGGGGGUCUCUUUUUAUUGAACCACAUUGGUUGAACCAGAAUCCCACCUGAAUCUUUAACACUCACUUAUGGAGUAUGCAACAGACUAGUCUCAACUAAGACAACUAAGAGGGCACUUUCAACAUAAACAUCAUACAUUCUUAAAAAUGAUUGUAUAUUCAAGUAUUGUGAUAAUAUAUUUUCAUGGCCAGACUUUAUUAUAUAAAAUUCUCUUAUGACCACAAGAAAUUAAUACACGUUUCAUGAAAUUGAAUAUUCGUUGAAAAACUAGCCAUGAAAUUUGGUUCAGUAUCUAAAAAAAAAAACACUCACACAACUCAUUGAAACUGUAAGUUAAUUUCAUGUGGCCAAAUAUAUUUAGUGAAAUAAGUAGAAUUUGAUUUAAAUAAAUUUUGCGAUAUUAAUUAGAUCAAAUCAUGAUAAAAAUCAUAAUCUUCUUCUGAUUUUCAUGCAAGUGAUUCAGUCUAACCAUGCAUUUAUAGUAAGCUUAUUUAUAACAAUAAUUCAUGCUAUCAAAGACUGACAGGUUUACAGGUGUACUUCAGAGUUGCUGCAUUUAUACUUAAAAUUUCAUCAGUUGUUUUUACUUUCAUGGUACCCAGUCCAUGUGGAGAAAGGAUUUAUGUAAUUUUAGUUAAUCUAUCUUAUUCAACAACGGUAUUAAGUCAUUCGAUAAAGUAUUUAGUAAUAGUUUGCAUAUGAUGUAAUUAGUGUUCUUUUUAUUAUAUUACCUAAUAGCACUGUGUGUGUAGUUUGCUUUAAAAUAUUUAAGGUCAUUUAAGUUUGAGGCAUCUUUCUAGAUUAUUUUAUAUUCUUUUUUCCCAAUAUUUGGAAUUAUGAAAUUUAUAGCUUGAAUAUCCAGAAAAACUUUUGUUUCAUAUAUGUAGUUUACUUCACAGAUCUUGUAUAACAGCAACAUAUGUUUAAAGGGGUAGAAAGUCAAUGAUAUGUCAUUUUGAGCCACAGUUUUGAAACCAACGUAUCGUCUUGGAUUUCUAUAGUGCAUCAUGUAAUUAAAGUUGUAAAUCUUGCGAACUUAACUGUUGUAUUUAUUUGGCUCACACACAUACUUGUUUUGUGAUCUGAACUAAAAUACUCUGUUGUCAGUUAUAAACAUAGAUAAGUUAUGUUACAGUUUCUUCAAUUGUUUUGAUGCAUAUAAGAUUUGUACAAUUUGUACACAGUUUCAGAGUUAAAAAAACAGCAUGAUUUACCAUCUGCUAUCCCAUCUGCUUCUGCUCUUUGAAGGUUUUGCGUCAAAUUGUGAAGUAACUAGAUUUUCAUUCGUUCCAUGCAAGAUGACAUUCCUAUAGUGGAUAUUCAGCUAAUAUUUUUUAAUUAAACAUGAAUUGCUACUUGUGAUUUAAUAAUUAUAUACUUUGCAUAUUGUAUACACUCUUCUCCCCCCUGAAAUUACCAUGUUAUGCAAUGGUGUUGAGUAGUUAGUUAAGUUUAAAUAGCGGCCACAUUAGUGCUGUGAUAUUUCAUGUUUGGCCACUUGAGGGCGUUCAAGGUUCAAGUCUUUAGUAAAAUGUGCAUUUUGGUUUUAAACCACAUUGAGACAUGACAGUGCCUUUGAAAUUUGAACUAUGUCUACUAUAUUUGAGGCAGACAAUCCAUUAGAUAAUUUUGCAUACUUGUCUUAGACUCAAACCAUUUUAAGCGAGAGGGUCGUCACCUGCGUACGCGUGAGAAUUGCGUCUCAAGCGACUAUAACAUGUGCUAAAAACGCAAAGGCUCAUGGGUAGACCCUUGUAGACCCCUAUGGCCAUCUGAGGCAUACGCAGGUGACGACUCCCCUGCUUUAACAUUAUAACAUGCCAUCUCCAAAGUUCACCUGCUCAUUUAAGAUUUGAGUUAAUUACUUUUUGUAAAAUGGUUUUGUAGAUGUACUUGUCUAAUAUUAUAGAACUUUUUUUAUUUUAACUUAGUGCAAUCAACUUAUAUCAAGUCCAACGUUUUUUGACGGCAAUGCAAGUAAUUGUAGUACUGUGAAUGUAUUUUAUUUUCCUGAUAUUCAGAAUAAAUCAAAUCUUGCUCUUGAGAUUAAAA